CCUUUUAAGUUCUCGUUAUUCUUUGAGACCCGACCCGAACAAAUCCUCUCUGCAUUUCUCCCUAAGUAAUCGACUUUCGAAUCUCUCACCCUCCGCGGCGGAAACACUUGCAGUUUCUGUUCCUAUCAAUCUCUUCGCAAAGGGUCUUGCUAGGGUAAUGGCAGAAGGGGAAGAGGACUUGCCUAGGGAUGCUAAGAUUGUCAAAUCACUGCUGAAAUCAAUGGGUGUUGAAGACUAUGAGCCUCGCGUUAUCCAUCAAUUUCUUGAGCUAUGGUAUCGCUAUGUCGUUGAUGUGUUGACAGAUGCACAGGUCUACUCUGAGCAUGCUGGGAAGCAGACCAUCGACUGCGAUGAUGUCAAGCUUGCGAUUCAAUCUAAAGUCAAUUUCAGCUUCUCACAGCCCCCACCCAGAGAGGUGCUAUUGGAGUUAGCGAGAAAUAGGAAUAAAGUUCCGUUGCCAAAGGCAAUACCAGGACCUGGCAUUCCCCUCCCACCUGAGCAGGAUACAUUGAUCAGCACAAACUACCAAUUUGCUAUCCCUAAGAAGCAACCUGCUCAGGCAAUGGAAGAGACAGAAGAGGAUGAAGAAAGUGUUGAACCUAAUCCCUCGCAAGAGCAGAAGGCAGAUAUGCCACACCCAACCUCUCAAAGGGUGUCAUUUCCCCUUACUAAGCGCUCAAAGUGAGGAUUCUUUUUCUCAGCUUUGUAAGAUGUUUCAGCAACCCUUUUAUGUAGUAUAUAUGCAUGAAGUUGUAUCAUUAUUAAAGAAAAUGAAGAAAAACAAGGUUGAUGUUUCGUCUGUUAUCAUGAUUAGAUGUGAUGGAUCAUUGUAAUCGUAUCAAAAUUCUGCUUCCGGUGUUCGCGUUAAUGUUAUUCACUCCUACUGGCAAUUUGGGCAGUAUAUUAUUGUGCGCUUAUAAAAUGAAUGUGGGUUGGAAAGCUGUUGAGCAAAAUUUUCAGAAGAAUUGAGCAAUUAAGGCCUUUAGGUAAUGUUUGGAGUAUAGGAUGAUAGAUAGGAUAAAAUGAUAAUUAUUUUGUAU